AUGACGAACAACGAAGGGACUCACCCAAGCCACCCAGAACAUACCCUAGAGAGGGUCAAUUACGAAGGUCUAUAUGCAUGUGAUGGGUGUAGGAUGGAUGGCACAGGGCCAAGGUAUAGAUGUGAUCGAUGCAACUAUGAUUUACACCAUGAAUGCAUGUUUGCUCCCCCUAAAAUAACAUUUCAAGGUCAAAAGUGCCAAUUUCUUGAAAGGCCACUCCCUGGAGCUAAUUGCACUAGAGUUAAUUGCACCAAGUGCAUCAGAAGAUGUGAUGCAUGUGGCAUGAAGAUAAAAGGCUUUAUGUAUCAUUGUUCAAAGAGUGGGUUGGAUUUCCAUCCUAGAUGUGCCAAGUUAGAGAGUAAAAUUAGCGUUGGCGAUGUCACUUUUUGGCUUGAGAAGCAAGGACCAUCUGGUUGUGCAUGGUGCAAGAAAAAGUUGCUUGGCGGUGCUAGAAAGAAGAUCCCAGGGUGGUCAUACGUUUCCAAAUAUGAUGACUAUAAUUUUCAUGUUUAUUGUGUUAUGGAAAUGGCCAUGCAAAGCUCCUCCACGACCACCCCUACGUCCUCUAGCGGAGAAUCGUCGUUGGCCUUAACGCAGGGAAUGAAGCUACCUCUUACGAUUAAGUCCAAGAAAUUUGGUGCAAAUUCUAGCAACAAGUGGGUGGAAAUACUCAAGAUUUUCUUAAGGACAGUCUUCUCCAUUCUUCUUGGUGAUCCGACCGCGAUUCUUGCUUCAACUAUGGCUCAUCUUGUGACUCAGGGUUUAUCUCACUUAGGUUGA